AUGACCCAUAAGGGUGGAAUAAACCUUGCAUGUGCUUCAUGCAAAUACCAGAGAAGAAAGUGCACUCCUGAGUGCCCUCUUGCUCCAUACUUCCCUGCAGACCAACCAAGGGUGUUUCUUAAUGUCCAUAAGCUAUUUGGAGUAAGCAACAUUAAUAAGAUGUUGAAGAAGUUGGAGCCUAGUCAAAAAAGAAUAGCUAUGGAGACUCUCAUUACUCAAGCAAAUUAUAGAGAAAUGUAUCCAGUUCAUGGUUGUUGGGAAGAAGUUUGUAGGCUACGUUACCAAAUAUGGCAAAUGGAAGAAGAGCUUCAUGUUUUUCAUCAACAACUUGAGAUGUAUAGGCAACAUCACCAACAUCAAGGACAAUCCAUGCAUGAUGAUCAUGUCACUUCACAAUUAGAGUUGGGAAUGGCACCAAGUACUAAUGCUCUUCCUCUCUUCAAUGCUCCACAGUCACAGAUUUAUAACAACACAAUGGCUACUUUGCCUGUGUCACAGCAACAUUCUUACUCCAACAACAGCAUGGCCUAUAACUCCCUUUACAUGGAUUCAAAGGAUUAUCUCACAAACCAAUUGUGGGUUCAGCAUCCCUACACAAAUCACAAUAAUAGCAAUUCCAUGACAGUGCAAUCUCAAUUGGUUACCACACAGCCACUGCCUGUUCAACAGGAAGUUGUUGAAGAUUAUGAUGAGAUACAUCCAUUUUUUGAUCAUACAAUUGAUGACAGACAAUCAUAUAUUUAUUCCGAGGAGGCUUAUGAGCCAAGUUCCGAAGAAUCACUGAGGGAUACAAGAAAGUGCAUUGAGACUGUUGCUGAGAAUGAAUUGAAGAGUGCUGCUGCAUGCUUCAGCCUUACUAGUGUCAGCUAG